AUGAGCCAAACUUUUGAACUGGUGAACCUAAAUGCUUCGGAUGUGAGUCAUCAAGAAGGAUCAAAGAACAUAAUUGCAGCUGGCCAUGAAUCUUCUGAUGAUGGACUAGAUCCCUACGAAUUCAUCUCGCAAGACGAGACGAAACGCAUUCAAGUUAAAAUGAAGCCCCAAAGCCCCGAUGAAACAUCAACUAUUCUGAACUCCGACCUAGAAUCCAAUUCUGAUUACAUGACCAAAACAUUGAGUGCAUCAAGACUCAUGGAGUCUUUAAAUUCAGUAGCGAGCUUAUCCUUGACUGAUCUUCCACAUCAAGCCCAUACCCAAGAAUCACCACUAGUAUUUCUCCAACGUAGAAAUGAUUUUCUUGAAAAAAAAUCAAGAAGUCUCAUAGCAAGACACCAAGCAGAGCUAGCGGCAGGCUCCAAUUGCGUUUUGAUUCGAGAGGAAAUCCUCAACUUAUUCAGAAUGCAAUCAGAAAAUAAUCUACAAUUACAUGAGGUUUACAAUCGAGAACUUGAUUCUUCUAAUGAAUUCCUGAAGAAAUUGAGACGCUGGGAAAAAAAGAGGAUAGGAGUGCUAAAUAAGGUUCAGCUGAUCAAGAGCAAGAAUAAUAAAUUCGGCGUGAAAUUAAAGGACCUUCUCACUCAACGUGAUCUGAUUGACCUCGAACUUGAUUCUCUCCAGAAAAGGAUUGAAGCUCUCUCAUCCAAGAGAACAGCAAUAGAGAGUGAAAUAGGCGAAACUAUUUCUGUGCUAGAGAGUAAAUCCUCCAAGUAUGUGUCCCUUUUCAAGUCCUUGGAAAAGCAAGGAAUUGAAGUUGUACUGAGAUACUUGCAAAGAGAUAGUGCGCAACAACACUCCGUCUCGUCUCUCAUAAAAAUGACACCAGUGAAGACGGAUUUCAACAGCGGCAUCGAUGAUAUAAUUCAGGUCUUGGCUAUGCCUAGACUUCAAUCAGAGGGAGAAAAAAGAACUCAGAAUUUUGAAUGUCAGCAAGAUGACUCUUCCCUGUUUGACAAGCCUAAUGAUAUUGGCAUGAAACCAUACGACGCGACUACUUUUCAUGACACGCAACAGCAAUCAAAUGUAACAGGUUACGAGGCUGGGUUUCUGACAGGUGCUGAACAAGUCGUUCGUGUUAAAGAAAAUUUGUCUUCAUUUCUUGCUACCGUGUUUGCCAGACCCACACGCGACAUAAAACACCCAAAAAAUCUUGAUGAUGAACUGAAUUUGAUUACUGAAAUGAUGGACUUGGAUGUAAUUCUACAUUUCCUAGCUUCGAAAUCGGAAGCACUCACCGAGCUUAUUGCAAAAACAACCAUACUUGCCCAUUCCGAUCACAAGGAUUCUUUGCGCUGGUCUAAUCUCUCAACAUUUAUUAAUUCCCAAGAAGACAAGAUUUUUGAGGUACUAGAAGCAUCAAGCCAAACCGAUCAAGUUGCCUCUAUUUUGGGUGAUUCAUUUACACAAUUAUACGAGCAGUUAAAACAUCUUGAUGUCGUCGACUGCAAAAAGCUAUACUCAAUCGUGCUAUACAAUGAAACUAAAAAUAUUGCUUCAGCAUUAUAUCAGGUCACAGGAAGUCAUGAUUACCUUGACAAAGUGAAUUCAUUUGUAAUUUCCGAGAAUCCGGGCACACCUAUUGACAACAGGUAUCUACUUGAGUCUAGAAUUACAUUCGCAGAAAACAAUCAAACACAACCAAUAGUUGGAACAUCUGAGAAAACUACGAAACACAAUAAUUUCAAGAGUUCAUUACAUGGGUUUUCGCCAAGGGUUUCCAGUAAAGCGUUAAAGAAAGAGUGA